AUGAAAGGCAAUGAGCUUGUUCCAAACCUGCUUCUUCCUGGGAGCCAUUGCAUCCAGCUGGUGCACAUUUGGUACCUUCAACAUGACGAAUUCAACCUGGAGCUGGCGGAUUCCAUCAGCUUUUUCGUGCCCGAGUCUCCUCGUUGGUUGAUUGGCAAAGGAAGACAUGAGAAGGCACGUGCGUUUCUUGUCAAAUAUUAUGCUGGCGGCGAUGAAAGCAACCCGAUUGUCGAAUAUGAAUACAGAGAAAUAUCCUCACACAUUGAGGCUGAACAGGCUGCGGCCAGAAUGGGAUGUUCAUCGCUUUGGAAAACUCCCGCGGACCGAAAGCGAUUGGCCAUUACCGCAUUCACAGCAUUUGUUACCCAGUGGGCUGGUAAUGGUAUCAUCAUAUACUAUCUUUCCCUCGUUCUGGAGUCGGUUGGCAUAAAAGAUUCAUUCACAAAGACCUUGAUUAACGGAUGUCUCCAAAUCUUCAACUACAUCGUCGCUAUAUUUGGAGCCCUUCUCGUAGACCGUGUGGGUCGCCGAACUCUCUGGAUAUUCUCUGCAAUUGGCAUGCUGGUGACCUACAGCAUUUUCACAGCAUGCUCAGCAGUGUUUGCGGAGACUGGGAAACAUACAGUUGCUAUGGUGGUGGUUGUCUUUAUUUUCAUCUACUACUUCUUUUAUGACAUUGCUGUUACUCCUCUCACGUUUGCCUACCCAGCUGGAAUACUUCCCUUCCAUACUCAGCAAAAAGGACUGGCCGUUUGUAAUUUGUGCAAUGGUCUAGCGCUCAUGUUCAACUCACUUGUCAACCCCAUCGCCCUGGAGGCAAUUUCUUGGAAAUACUACCUCGUGUACAUUGUUCUUCUCGUGUUCAUUGCGGUCAUCAUGUAUCUGUUCUUUGCAGAGACGAAGGGAUAUACUUUGGAAGAGAUAGCGGACGUGUUUGAGGGGCCCGCUAUUGUUGCUGGAAGAUUUCGUCGGCCCAUUAAUUCGAGGCAGGAACUACCGAUAGACGUGAAAGAGGCCCCGGUGUCUAUGAUUGAAGACAUAUCCAAUUGA